AUGGCGACCCAACGAGUUACCUACCGCCGCCGCAACGGCUACAACACUCGUUCCAACCGAACCCGAGUCGUUAAGACUCCCGGUGGCGAGCUCCGACUGUUGCACAUUAAGAAGCGAGGCACUGUCCCCAAGUGCGGCGACUGUGGCUCCAAGCUAUCUGGCAUUCCCGCCCUCCGCCCCCGAGAAUACUCCCAGAUUUCGAAGCCUCAGAAGACUGUUCAGCGUGCCUACGGAGGAUCGAGAUGCGGCGGCUGUGUCCGUGACCGUAUUGUCCGAGCCUUCUUGAUCGAGGAGCAGAAGAUUGUCAAGAAGGUGCUGAAGGAACAGGAGCAGAGCCAGAAGAAGAAAUAA